AUGGGAAUACGCCUGAAAGAAGGUGGCAAGAUUAAUCGUUCGCUACUAGCGCUGAAUAACGUCUUUGCCUCACUUGAACGGGACUCGAAGUACAUUAAUUACCGAGAGAGCAAAUUGACCCACCUUCUGAAGGAUCCCUUAACAAACAGCUCUCAUACAGUGAUUAUCGCCAACGUUAAUCCAUCUCUCCGACAGUACGAAGAGACGCGCAACAUAAUCAUACACGUUUCACGUCUAAUGAAGGCAUCUUGGAAGACUCCAACCGCAAAAACACAUGCAGCUACGAUAGUUAAACAGACUCAUAAAGAACAGCAGGGACAUCAUGUAUCGCAGCCCGCCGCCGCUAAGCAAAAGAAACCUACGCCGGUGCCCGCUUCUGUCCCUUCUGAGUCGAAGAGCACAGUCGAGAACGAAACGACCGUCAAAGCCGACGAACCAGUAUUUCCUGCUGAAGCGUUCGAUUCUUUCAAAAUGGACAUCCGAAAGAAUAUUGCGUCACUGUGCCAGUCGAACGAAUCGCUUCUUUCUCGGAAGUAUCAGAUUAGAGACUCGCUCGUAUCUAUGUUCGAAAAGCAGGCCAAACUAAGGCAUGUAUAG